AUGACUAAUAACUCCUCUAUGAAUAACCCUACAGCCAAAACAGUCGUUGAUACCGAAUCUUCGAUUACAGCGCCUGGAGGCCGCGUCAAACGAUGGGCGCCCAAGACCAAAACGGGCUGCUCAACUUGCAGACAACGACGCAUAAAGUGCGACGAGAAAAGACCCGGGUGCAGAAAAUGCGUUACAGGUGGCUUCCAGUGCCCCGGGUACAUCGCAAGCCGCCCAUCUCCAUCCCGCCAACUUGUCUCGCUCAAGCCAAAGCCCACUGUGGAAGAAGACCUUGUCAGCGACGUAUUUCGCAUAGAAAGCAUCUCUGGUCUAUGCUCAGGGCCUGAUGCUGAUGCGCUGCUUCAGUCACUACUGCAAUAUCCCCCUCUGUGGCAUGCGUCACUCGCCAUUGGCGGUAUGCAUAAGCGGUCGCAGCUUCAGAUAAAAGACGCUGUUAGCAACGCGGUCAAGAUUGAGCAGCUGCGAACAUUUGCCGUUGCUCAAUACAAACAGUCCAUGGGAUUACUGCUGCGCGCUCUCCAAAAGCAAGACGGCGAGGGCCACCCAAUGCAAGAAAUGGUCCUCUUAGCAUCCAUUCUAUACUACAUCAUCAACACCAUUGCUGGAAAUGCCGAGGAUGCUCGGAUGCAUGCUAGAAGCAGUAUGAAGAUGUUUGAUCAGUGGAAAUUCUGGCAGCGGCAGAAUCCGCGGCUGCCUCGUGGCACGGUUCCGGCGCGAAUGAUUGCCAGCCAGAUUCUGUGCCUAGAAAGCAGGAUGAUUUCUGAACCUGACGUCUUCUUCGUUCCGUAUUGCGGAGAAGAAGUUUCUGUGAACAAUGAAAUGGUAGAUGGUGUGUAUGUGGAACCAUUCACAACUGUCAUGAGUGCCGCGGUAGAGCUUCGACCCCUGAUCGCAAGUGUAUUGAUGCCUACCUGUACACAAAGCACUACAAGUAAGGAUGAGUUAUACGAUAUACCAAACUGGGACAAGAGCCGGAGUAGCAUGUAUCAGGAAGCCCAGCAACACUGGGAGGCGAAGCUUCGCCUAUUUCUAGAGGAUGAACGAUGCGGGCGAAUCACUUUGUUGGAGAACGACAUCCCCAUGAUAUACCAUCAGAAGGGUACCAGCACAACUUUGGGGAUCAUCUUGAAUCUGGAAGACUCUGGCCCUGGCGCGUCAUGGGAUGCGCACGAAACGAAAUGUGCUGAAGUCAUUGACGACUAUUGCAUUGUGGUGAACGCGAUUAAUAAGUUACCAGUUGACGUAUGGGCCUCUUCUCCGUUCAUUCUACGAUCAUAUUAUUGUCUCUGGCUCAUUGCGAGGUGCACACAGAACUUACGCCUUCGCCAGAGAGCAAUGGAUCUUAUCCGGCAAUGGCCAACGACUCAGGGAAACGCCCAGUCGCGGAAUUCGAUACCUGUUUUGGACGCCAUUUCUGACCAGGAUUUAUCGAAUAGCAUACAGAUGGGAAGUCGGUGUUCGUGUAUUGCGCUUGAGUAUAUAUGUGCACAGCAUCGUGUUGUUGCAGAGCGGCUGGAGUAUGAAGAGGGCGGCAUGAUGAAGAUUACAAUGAAGACUGCGGAGGAUGAGGCGAAUGGGCGACCGUGCCGUGUUAGAUAUAAGGAGGGGUGGGCUAUCGCUCACGUAGAGCAAAUUGUCUGA